UUGUUAUCUAGACAGAUGCUGAGUAGAAGAUUGCCCUGGACAAAGAUACCUCGGGAGGCAGCAAGGAGCCAGCUGCACCUGACUUUACCAUGGCAUCUGAAAACAAGACCACAGAUCCUAGUCCUUCACAAGCUGAGGACCCCCUGAAUGUGGAGGAACCACUGCAAGCGAACGUGGUGAACAGGGUGACCAGCAUACCCUUGAUCCACUCUGCCUUCAACCUGGUCUCCUCCGCCUACAACUUCACCAAAGGGACGCACCCAUACGUCACCAGUGUCUGCACCGUGGCAGAGACCGUGGCUGCUGUUGCAGUGGGCAGUGCGGUCGGGGGCGCCCAGCCAAUUCUGAGCCAUCUGGAACCCCAGAUUGCAAAAGUAAAUGAGUACGCCUGCAAGAGCCUGGAUCAGCUGGAGGAGAAGCUGCCCUUCCUCCAGCAGCCGACAGAGAAGGUCCUUACGGAUACCAGGCAGCUGGUUGCCACCACAGUGAUGAACGCUGUGGAUACUGCCAAAGACGCGGUGGCCAGCAGAGUGGCUGGAGCUGUAGAUCUAACAAAACAUGUUGUCCAGGACAGCGUCGAGUUGACCAAAUCGGUGGUCUCUUCCACCGUCAACACGGCUCUGGAUGCUGCCACUGGCACAAAAGACACGGUGACCAGCAAAGUGAACGCGGCCGUGGGGCAGGGCAGAGAAGCCAUCCAGGACGGUGUGGAGAUGACCAGUUUCAUGGUAAACAGCAGCAUAAACACAGCCAAGGCAGUAGGCAACGUGGUGGCUAGCGGAGUAGAUGCUGUGCUGUGGAAGUCAGAAGAGUUGGUGGAUCACUACCUCCCUGUGACAGAGGAAGAACUGGUUCAACUUGCCGCAUCUGUGGAGGGGUUCAGCGUGACUUCUGUGGAACAGCAGAAACAGCAGCAGAGUUAUUUUGUGCGCCUGGGAUCCCUCUCUAACAAAGUGCGCCACCGAGCCUACCUGCACUCCUUGAACAAGUUGCAGCUCGUCAAGAAGAACACCCAGAAUACUCUCUCCUACCUCCAGCUGGCCAUAAAUCUGAUCGAAUCUGUAAAAGAAGGUGCUGGCCAGAAGCUUCAAGAGGGCCAAGAGAAACUCUAUGAGCUGUGGCUGGAGUGGACCCUGACCCAGCCAAAAGGGACGCAGGUGAAACUGUCUUCUCAAUCAGAGGUAGAGCCUCGUGUUCUAGCCAUGCUGCGUAUGAUCACCCUGCAGCUGCAACCUGCCUACACCAACCUGAUGAGCAGCAUUCAAGGCCUCCCCAGUAGCAUCCAGGAAACAAUGCAGCAUGCCCUUAGCAACAUCCAGCAGCUCCAAGCUUCCUUUUCCAGCGCUUGCUCCUUCCAGGACCUCUCCACAAGCAUCUUGUCCCAGAACCAGGACCGAGUGGUGAAACUCCGAGAGUCCCUGGAUAACUUGCUGGAUUACGUGGCAAACGGUGUUCCCCUCAACUGGCUUGUGGGCCCCUUCAGCCCACUGUUCCAAGCCACAAAGGCAUCACAGGAUGGUAGGAUGACAGAGAGAAAGUCGCCCACGCCAGAAGAGGGGACCCCCAAAGCCCCAGCAAAGCAGGUCACCGAGACUCCCCAAACCCUGGAGAAGCAGGUCACCGAGGCUCCCAAAACCCCAGAGACACAGGUGACCAAGGCUCCCAAAGCCCAAGAGAAGCAAGUCACCAAGGCUUCCAAAGCCCAAGAGACCCGUGAAGCUCCCAAAUGCUCAGAGAAGGGGGCCUCUGAGGCACCUGCGAAGGAGGCAGAUAAGUCACCCGAGAAACAAAAGGAGGCCGCUAAAGUACCGAAAAGAGCACCUAAAGCGCAGAAGAUGGAGGCAGCAGGUGAAGCAGCAGAGGAGCUGAGCACCAGCGUGCCAAAAGAAGACCCCUGAAAGGCUCCAGCUACUGCAGCUCAUUUCUGUGGGAGGGACACGUGUAUAACUUCGGUCACUUGUACAGCUGCCAGCCCCAACGGGCGGGCGACUGCCAUUCUCUGCACCCAGCUCUCACGUUAUCCCAGCCUCCUGCGAUCCACCUGGCCGUGCGUCUUGCAGGAAACUCGCUAACCAAGGUGGCUUGAUUCCAGCGAGACGGUUGUGCCCGUCAUCCUCGUGGUUUCUGAAGCCUGCUGCGCUGGGAGGGGGGAGUUCUUAGUCUGGCUUUAUAAGCUGCGGGUUCACACAGCGGCAUGCCUGGGUUCUCGCCCUUUGCUGAGACUACGCGCCUAGGAGAGCGACAGCGUAGCAAAAAGUCAGGCAUCAGCACUAAAGGCAUCCCAGCUGUGACAGCUUAGAUCAAGAGGGCACUGGAUUUAAGUUUUGAUACCAUUUGCUUCCACCGACCGUUACAGCUGCCCGUUUUACACACUACAGCGUGUCACCUCCUUUCUGACCCUUCUGCUCCAUUCCAGGCCCAGCUCCAGGAAUGGUUUUGGUUGCCUUCUGCCCCUCAGAUUUCUGUUUCCACAAUGACCAGCCCCUUCUCUUGCAUUGAAAUUGGAGGCUGCGCUUUUUAAAGGAUCAGUUUUCUGUGGGAUUUGUACUCCCCAUCGCUUCAGUGCAUUUAAAUCCUAUUCACAAAAACUUACUCUGCCCCUGUUUAGUUCAUCCCAAGUCCCAAGUGCUCAGCAGUCACUGAAAAGAUGGCGCAGGGCAGCUUUUAUGGGCGUUACUAAGAUAGAUCCGGCUUGACCAUUGUUAUGAGGCCAGGCCUGUUGCAAAGGGGAGGGUUGGGGGGGGCGGGAAGACGGUCUCUGGGAUGCGCGGGUACCUAAUGCCGAGUGCCUGCUACUGCUGUAGCUUGUUUCAGGGAUCCAGAGACAAGCCACGUGGCUGGGCUAGGACCGAGU